CCUGACUGCUUCACAAACUAUUAGAAGUCAGUGUUACCAGCAGAUCAACAGGAGCCUUGAACUUCACUAUGUCUGACGACCUCAAGGAGAAGCGCAGAAAGCAGGCACAGCCCAAACGGAGUCAUGGUGGAAUGGAGUUGGACUUUUCAGCCACACCAGAUGCAGAUGGAGAUGUUAGAACACGGACAAUCCAGACAACAAAGCCAACUGCUCUGCGCAGGACCAAUGACUAUGAAAAUGCUUUAGAAAAAACAGACAUAAAGCCAUGUGAACUCUGUGGUAGGGUUUACAGAAGACAUGUGUUCCAAAGAGAUUCCUGUGACUUGGGAAGUGAGGUGCCUCUCCAGCUGUGUGCUUGCUCUGUUCCAGAUCUUGGUGACUUGCAGCCAACACUCAAGAAUACGUCAGAAAAAGACAACAGGAAAUAUAAGUGUGCAGAAUGCGGAAAGGCUUUUAAAUUUAAACAUCAUUUAAAAGAACAUGUUCGUAUACAUAGUGGUGAAAAGCCUUAUGAAUGUUCAAAGUGCAAAAGGAGAUUUUCCCACUCAGGAUCAUAUAGUUCCCACCUUAAUAACAGAAAGUGUAUUCCAAUCGACAGCUUGUCACACAGAAGAAUCAAUAAAGAUGAAACACAAAAGGGUCAAAAUAGCUCACAAGGUCCAUAUGACCCUAAAAAUAAAAAAUGGCUUAUUUACAGUCCAGUUUCGGGAUCCUUCACUCAGUCACAGUUGGCGUAUCUUGCCCAUGACAUAGAUAGUCUUUAUAAAUCAGAUGAAAGGUUUUCUAUUGAUACAAGACUGUGUACAUUGAAUACAAAUUUGGAGCAGGCUCCAGACUCUUUGGAUCCCACUAGUGGCUGGUGGAACAGUUUACAACACAUUCAGGUGGAUGCUAAUGGAAGAUCGGGAGGAGAUCAGGUUAUAGAAUUUAGUUCUCCAUAUCCAAUCUGCCUACAGAGACCUAUAAUGCAGACAAGUGACAGUCAAGGUGCUGUAUACUCAACAGAAGCAUUGUUGUUCCGGCAUCGGAGCCAAAGUUCGAUGACGAGGAACAAUACUAUUUUGUCAGCUUUACACCAAAGACAACUGCAUAAUGACAACUCAGUGGGGACAACGGCCAGUGCUUUAAUAUGGUGCCCUGAUGCUUCACCCAGAAAAUGCUUUAAAGAAACAUUUCCAAGUAAUCGUAAUUCAGAAACAAAACAAGACAAUGAUAUGGGUAUAUCUUCAUUACCAAAUUUGUCAGAAAGUCUAGAAAUAGUAAAAUGCCCUGGAAUGCCUGGGUCCUGUCCUUCAAAUGAACUCUGUGGCUGUGAGAUGCGGAUGCUGCCAAGUUGCAACCAAUUUGUUUUCUCUCCUUUCCAAAGAGAUGUCCAAAUUGAGCCUCUGGAUCUGUCAGUGCCAAAACAAAGCAAAACUACAACAGUUUUUGACAUUGAACCUCUCAGAGAUGAACACAACAAAUUUAACCAGCAACAUUCCAUUUCAGUUCUGAGGUACGAUGAGCUACAAGCUAAGGCACUGAAUAUGCCGUAUUUUCUACCUAGUGUACCACACAGUGUCUUCGAGAGUCACCAUCCCUUACCUUAUAUGAGCCAUAAUUUCCAUGGCCUAUACCUGUACCCUCUUGUAAACUAUAUGAAUGGAAACAAAGUUCCUGAGAUGCCAAUGAUGAAAAAAGACUUCAUGUCAGUGGUAAGUAGUCUGCAUUUUUUUUAUGAUGAAGAAAAGUCUAACUAAAUAACUAAAGAUGUUUUGGUCAAUCAUAGCAAAAGAAAGUCAUAAAACAGUAUAUGCGGAUCACUGGUUUGUGAACUCCCAUGAAUAUAACCUGUGGACUGUGUAUGAACAAUGUGGCCUAAAAUUUGAGUUGUGUGCUAAAA